GCCCUCCUGGCCCCACCUGCUCCUGGGGGUGGAGGAUGCUUUAAAGGGCUGCGGGCAGCGAGCGGGGCUCAGAGAGGAGCGGGGCUCUCGGGGGAUCUCCGGGGAUCGCCGAGCUCUGGGGACAAUGGCAAAGAGGGUGGCCGUGGUGCUGGCCGGCUGCGGGGUGUUCGAUGGCAGCGAGAUCCACGAGGCUUCGGCCGUGCUGGUGCAGCUCAGCCGCGACGGGGCUCAGGCUGAGGUUUAUGCCCCCAACAUCCCCCAGAUGCACGUGGUGGAUCAUGUGAAGGGGCAGCCAACACCAGAGCAGCGAAAUGUCCUGGUGGAAAGUGCCAGAAUAGCCAGAGGCAACAUCAAGGACCUGGCCACACUGGAUGUCAAGGAGCUGGAUGCCCUCAUCAUUCCAGGUGGCUUCGGGGUGGCAAAAAACCUGAGCACUUGGGCCACACAGGGCAAGAACUGCAGCAUCUCCAAGGAGGUGGAGGAGGUGCUGAGGGCUUUCCAUGCUGCCCACAAACCCAUCGGGCUCUGCUGCAUCUCCCCAGUGCUGGCAGCCAAAAUCUUCCCGGGCUGUGAGGUCACCGUGGGACACGACACGGAGUGUGAGCAGUGGCCUUAUGCCAAGACAGCCGAGGCCAUGAAGGAGCUGGGCUGCAGGCACAUCAACAGCCAGGUCAGCCAGGUGCACGUGGACCACAGGAACCUGCUGGUGAGCACCAGCGCCUUCAUGUGCAACGCCCCCGUCCACCAAAUCCACGAUGGAGUGGGGAGGAUGGUGCAGGAGGUGCUCAGGCUGGCCUGAUCCCACCCUCCUCCAGGGAUCCUCAGUGUCCCUCCUGCAUCCUCAGCAGCUCUGGUGGCUUGGAGCUGUUGUGUUCACUCUGGGAUCCUGGAACGGUUUGGGUUGGGAGGGAUCUCAAAGCUCGUCUUGCUCCAACCUCCUCCCGUGGGCAGGGACACGUCUCACUAGCCCAGGCUGCUCCAAGGUGGCCUCCAAGCUUCCAGGGGCUGCUUUGGGCACCCUCCCAAUUCCCAGGGAGGAAUUCCAUCCCAAAUCUCAUCCAUCCCAAAUCUCUCUAUAUCCCUACCCUCCCUCAGCUUGAGGCCAGGCUCCCCAACCCCUCCCUCAGAGCAGUGAAUUGUGGCUAAAGGAAGGAAACC